AUCGAAAACCUUAACCAGAACAUUGGCGCUUUAUCAGUGAAACUCACUCCAGAAGAUAUUGCUGAGCUUGAGGUCAUUGGCCAACCUGAGUCUGUUAAAGGAGACAGAUACACGGCCAUGGUGCCCACCUUCAAGAACUCCGACACUCCACCGUUGUCUUCUUGGAAAGCCUCAUAAAACCGGUUGAGAGUCUCUCUGGUUAUGGUGAUACGUACAUGGGAUCGAAGUGGUUUAGCUUAUGUCUGCAACUCCAAUACGAGAGUCAAAGAGACAGAGAAAGAAAGAGGUGUGAGCUAAAUCAAUGGCGGAAGCUUGCGGAGUGAAGAGGAUGAAGCUGGGAAGCCAAGGCCUUGAGGUAUCGUCGCAAGGUCUUGGCUGCAUGGGCCUCUCCUCCUUCUACGGUGCUCCGAAGCCGGAAACUGAAGCCAUCGCUCUUCUCCGCCACGCAAUCGAAUCCGGCGUCACUUUCCUUGACACCUCCGACAUCUACGGUCCUGAGACCAACGAGUUUCUCCUCGGAAAGGCUCUCAAAGAUGGGUUUAGGGAGAAAGUAGAGCUUGCAAGCAAAUUUGGAAUCAGCUUUGCAGAGGGGAAGAGAGAGAUAAAGGGAGAUCCUUUGUAUGUGAGAGCUGCUUGUGAGGCUAGUUUAAAGCGUCUAGAUGUGAAAAGCAUUGAUCUUUAUUAUCAGCAUCGGAUUGAUACUCGUGUCCCUAUCGAAAUCACUAUGGGAGAACUGAAGAAGCUGGUUGAAGAAGGUAAAAUAAAGUACAUUGGUUUGUCUGAAGCCUCUGCUUCAACUAUCAGAAGAGCGCAUGCGGUUCACCCAAUAACUGCUGUGCAGUUAGAAUGGUCUUUGUGGACGAGAGACGUGGAAGAAGAAAUCAUCCCGACCUGCAGGGAACUUGGGAUUGGAAUUGUUGCUUACAGUCCUCUGGGACGAGGUUUCUUUGCAUCAGGACCCAAGCUUGUUGAGAACCUAGAAAAUAAUGACUUUAGAAAGACUCUACCAAGAUUCCAACAAGAAAACUUAGACCACAACAAGAUUCUCUACGAGAAGGUUUGUGCAAUGUCUGAGAAGAAAGGAUGCACUCCAGCACAACUAGCACUCGCGUGGGUUCACCACCAGGGAGAUGAUGUUUGCCCUAUCCCUGGAACCACUAAAAUCGAAAACCUGGAUCAGAACAUUGGAGCUUUAUCAGUGAAACUCACUCCAGAAGAGAUGGCUGAGCUCGAGGUCAUUGGCCAACAAGAGUCUGUUAAAGGAGAAAGACACGGUAACAUCGCGACCACUUUCAAGAACUCAGACACUCCACCAUUGUCUUCUUGGAAAGCCGCUUAAACCCGGCUGAGUUUCUCUGUUGUGGUGGUGCCUGACAUUGAAGCAGUCUUAACUCUGUCAGCGAGAUCAAGAUUGUUGAUGUGGUUGCAUCUUUUGAGAGUUUCAGAAGAAAUGCCUUGAAGAAUAUGUAUAGAGUUCCCCAAGUGAAAACUUCAAUUUACAUUUUUAUACAUUGUUGUGACCAAUCUCUAUAGAAAAAGAAAGAAUAUGUAUAGAGUUCCCCAAGUGAAAACUUCAAUUUACAUUUUUA